AGAUGUAAACAUGUGAUUGUCAACCGGAGCGCUCGGUGCAGUUUUGCUUCUGUUAAAAACCAGUAUGAUUAAUUGAAAUAAAUGUGCUUGAAGAAAUAUUUAAAGUAUCAAUUGAUAAUAUUGUCAAUGACGCAAUCUUACGCUGUUGCGUUCUUCGAAAGGAACCCGCUCAGUUUUGCCAACAUUUAGGAUUUUGUGUUCUCACGAAUACAGUAACGUUAUGUGUAUUUAACGCUGCGUUUAUGACUAUAAUUCCUAUAUUGCUUCAAAACUGCAAGUGUUCAUGGCAUCCAGACAAUCAUUUACAGAUUCUGACACUGCUGACGAAGCGGUCAGAGCAACUUGCGACGAUGCGUCCAUAUGCAAAAGGUUUGCUACUAGUAAAGGUUACUGGACUGACCUCUACGUCCAGUAUUUUGUGAGGCAAAUAGGUGAACGGAAAGCACCUGAGAUCAACAGAGGUUAUUAUGGACGUGUCAAAGGGAUGAAUCUCCUUCUUGACGACUUUCUCAAGAAGACACAAUGUGACUGCCAGGUGGUUAAUCUUGGGGCAGGACUGGAUACUACUUUUUGGAGAUUAAAGGAUGAAAACAUAAUGCCAAAAAAGUUCUUUGAAGUUGACUUCCCAAUGAUCGUUGCCAGAAAAAUACACAACAUCAAGACAAAACCUCCACUAUCGAAACCUCUGAUUGAGACUCACUCCACUGAUUCGCUUCUUCUAGAUGGUCAUAGUUUGGACUCUGACAGAUACUGUAUUAUCGGUGCUGAUUUAAGAGACAUCCCUACUUUAGAGGACAAGCUAAAAAAGUUCCAGAUAAAUCCAGAAUUGCCCACGCUCUUUCUGUCUGAAUGUGUGCUGGUGUACAUGAGCCCCGAACAGUCGUCCAGACUAGUGCACUGGAUUGCAGAAACCUUUCCCACGGCCAUGUUCAUUAACUAUGAACAGGUGAACAUGAACGAUCGCUUUGGGCACAUCAUGAUUGAGAAUCUGCAGAGACGGCAGUGCAAUCUGGCUGGAGUGGACCUCUGUCAGUCCCUCGACUCUCAAAAGGACCGCUUUUUGUCUUCAGGCUGGGAAAGUGUAAACGCACUGGACAUGAUGACGGUCUACAGCAUGCUUCCUCAGGAAGAUGUAGCAAGAAUUGAACGUCUAGAGUUUUUAGAUGAAAAGGAACUUCUCCAACAGCUUCUCCAACACUACUGCAUCUGCUGGGCUGUGAAAGAUAAGCUCAAUCUAGGCCUGUCGCAAAUUGGGUUUUAAACGGCAAGUGGGACUCGGUUGUAAAAGUUUGAAACAACAUGACCAGGAGUCAGACGACAGGAAAGGGAAGUCAUUUAUAUCUUUAUUUCCAUUUUUGACUACAAUAAAAAUGGAAACUACUGGAGUCAGCGUCUUCUCUUCGCUUUUGAAUGUCUCCUUAUGUUUCCCAAGUGAUUGACGUGUCUGACUUGAAGUGCCAUAUUCAAACUUCUAUGAUUUUUUUUUACCAUAACUAUUAUUAAACCAUUUUGGAACAUUUGUGGGAUGCACAUCAAUGCUUAUUUUGUAAGCUUUGUGAGUGUAACUGGCCCUCUGUAUUAAUAUUAAUGAAUUGUGAUGAUUAAUAAAGACAAUUAAGAGUGUUAAAUGAAUGUUACGUGCAUGUAUUAUUAUUACACUUAAGAAAAGUUUUACUAGAAUACUGCAAAAUAAGUGAGCAAAUUCUAAAAAAAGCAGCAGAUAUUAUACACUCCAAAAACCCAAACGCUGGGUUAAUAAUUAGUAUUUAAAAUCAUUCAAAAAACAAACCCAACAGUUUGACCGAAAAUUGUUUAAAACCACCAGCAAUUAAGAGCCUAGUUGCACCUCAUCAAUUAUUAUAACGAGCAUUUAGUUAAAUAAGUUAUUGAGUUGAUUGAUAAUUAUCGGACAUUCUAAAAUGCUGGGUUGUCAUAAUGUUCAUAUAUGGAGAAACCCACCUAUGGGUUCAUUUCUUCAGAUUUUUUAAUGCCAAAUACAGCAUAUUUUUAGAUUGUAUAGGACAGUGUUUUCCUUUUUUUUUUUUUCUUUUUUUUUCAUUUUAAUACAUGGUUUUACCAAUAUCAAACCCAAUAUUUAAUUGCCCCCACAGUAUUUAGGAUAUUUUGUUAUGGUGAAAGAUCAGUACAUUGUCAUUUACAUUUUAUUAACAAAAACUUAGGCCCCUAGUUAGGGCCCUGCUUAGUUUUUAGCUUCAGGUGUAGUUAUCAUGUUCACGUUGUGCACCAUGUUGUUGAAAUAGCAAAUGCAUUUGGUCCCAUUUGUGCUGGCAUGAGUGUGUUAGGGCGCAUUCUUGGUGUUUUUCUAUUUUGAGGCAACUAAAACAAACUUUGCCAUUGGUCAUCUAAAAGUGUUAGUGAUUGGGGGGGGGGGGGUCCAAAUUCACAUAAAUGUUGCUUAUUACACACACAGGGAUGUGCUGCAGCAAAUAUUUUUAUAUAUGAAAAAAAUAUAAGAAUUGCAAUGUAAAAUAUUAUUGUCUACAUAAAUAUAAAUAAAUUGCUACCUCU